AUGAGUAAAUCUGCACAUAUUUAUUCAUCAUCAGCAUCGGCUUCUCCUACUGUUGCCGACGAUUUGAACCGCGGUUCUAUAUGGUUAAAUCACAGCUCACUUUCUCCAGCGCGUUCAGAAGACGUUCCGUCGCGGACAAGUACCCUGGUAACAUUGCUGACAAUAUGUACGACCAGCGAUUCCCUGAGCACAUCAGGCGGUCCAGGUUACUCGGCUGAACUGAUGAGUAUGAUUCAAAAUGCAUUUCACAACAAUAGGACGCAAAGAGCAAAUUUACAGUUUUCCACAAACACCACACCAUGCCAAUUCGACAAAGAAGAAGAACCUUGUCCGCCCAGCAAAUAUAGGACAGAUUCUGGUGAAUGCAACAAUGUCAGACACAGGCAUUGGGGAGCUAGUGGAGAUAUAUUCCUCAGAUUACUCAAACCAGAUUAUGCCAAUGGUAUCUCAUCCCCAAGAGUGUCCGUGACGUCACAUGCCUUGCCUGGUCCGCGACAGCUGACGUCAUUGUUCAGACACGUGACACCAACACCUCACCCACAUGUGACGUCAUUAGUCGCAGUAUGGGGUGAAUUGUUACAUAGAGAAUUGGCUGAACCAACUCAACAAUUACAAAAUACAACUUGUUGCAAAGUGCAGACUGCACAUCCUGAAUGCUACCAUAGGGUGGAUGGAGUUUGUAUCGAUUAUAUAAGAUCAGCACCAGCACAAAAUCAGGAUUCUUGCAAAUACAGUCAUCGAGAGCAAUUAAAUUCUGCAAGUGGUUUUAUUGAUGGAUCAUCUGUGUAUGGAACAAAUGAAGAAGUUAGCAGAUUGAGAAAAUACGACGGCGGUCUGGUGGACUUGAAAAGAUGUACAAAAUGUGACGACAAAUCUCCAAUUUCCGUACUAAUUAAAUCUUUGCUGAAGGAACACAACAGUUUGGCCUUUGAAUUAUCCAGAUUGAACCAACAUUGGAACGAUGACGAUUUAUUGGAAUCAAGGAGAAUUUUGAUCGCUCAGAUGCAACAUAUCACGUACAACGAAUUUCUACCAACAAUAUUAGGAGAGCUGGCGGUGAGCAAACCAGAACUUCGUCUGCAACAAUCAGGAUACUACAAUGGUUAUUCCAGUAAUAACAGGGCUGGAACAUUUAACGAAGUUGCUCUGGCAGCUUUGCCUAUUUUUUCGACCAUGAUAUCAGUUGCCUUGAAAAAUGAAGAUUCCACCAUAAAAUCUCUCCUGGCAACUUCUGCCCAAGAAGCAACUCUUUUUGCAACUGACGACAGCAGUUCAGUAAUGAAUUAUUUGUUGAUACACAAAGCCAGGGAUCAUGGAAUUCCAUCGUACACCAAUGCAUUGAACUUAUGUGGAAAUAGAGUUCCACAAAAUGCUACUUGGAAUCAAUUGGAAUCGGCUGGACUUAAGAAGGAUGUCAUUGAGAAUCUUAAGUUGGCAUAUGGUUUCAGAAACGUCGACGACAUCGAUUUGAUUGUAGGAGCAAUUUUGGAAACUCCAGUAGAAGGAGCUAUUUUUGGUCCAACUCUAUCAUGUUUGUUAGAUUUGCAGUUCCAGAAAUCCAGAAACAGCGACAGAUUCUGGUACGAAAAUGAUUUACCUCCAUCUUCACUGACAAAUGAGCAAUUGCAAGCUAUAAGAACUGUAACUUUAGCAGGACUUUUGUGUUCACAAGGAGAAAGAAAACAAAGGAUUCAACCCAAAGCUUUCAUCACAGAAGAUCCCUACUUGAAUGCCGGUCUCCUAUGCAACCAACUACCUCAUUUACAAUUGUCUGCCUGGAUGGACGCCGACCACAUGUCUUUAAGUGAUAUUCCUGAAGAUUUGUUAAUGGAUGCCUUAGAAAAAGCCAAACAAGACAUGAUCAACAGAAGAAAACAAGAGUAUGAAAACUGGGAACGAAUGGGUGGUCUGGAUCCAAAAUCACCAGCUGGUACAGCUGCAGCUUUCAGCAAAGCAAAUAGACAAGCUUUGGCUUUGGCUAAUUCUUCACACUUUUUGGAAUUUACUUCUAACGAAAUUUUGAACUCCCUGAACAGGAGGCGUAAACGCCAAAUCUUCAACGACAACAAUCUAGGCUUCAACAGUGCUUUUACACGAGAAGAAUUCACCGACAGUUUGCAAAGUGUUGAUGUUAGUUCACUUUUGGGUUCUGUAGCUCCCACAUUGGAGACUGAAUGUGAAGAAUUUGGAACCACUUGUGAUAUUAGCACACCAUUCAGAACAUUCAGUGGUCACUGCAACAAUUUGAGAAAUCCAACACUUGGAAAAAGUUUGACAGUAUUCUCUCGGUUACUGCCAGCUCAAUAUGAGGAUGGUUUGUCCCAGCCUAAAAUCACUGGAGAAUCAGGAGCACCUUUACCAUCACCUCGAGUAGUCUCAACAUUGAUCCAUCCAGAUAUCUCAAAUCUUCACACCAGAUACUCAAUGAUGGUCAUGCAAUAUGCUCAAUUCUUAGAUCAUGAUCUUACCAUGACUCCCAUCCACAAAGGUUUCCACGAAUCCGUACCAGAUUGCAGACGUUGUGAUUCACCUAGAACUGUGCAUCCUGAAUGCAAUCCUUUCCCAGUUCCACCAGGAGAUCAUUAUUAUCCUGAAAUCAAUGUGACGAGUGGUGAAAGAAUGUGUUUCCCAUUCAUGAGAUCUUUACCUGGACAACAGCAACUAGGUCCUCGUCAGCAAGUCAAUCAAAACACUCAUUUCUUGGAUGCAUCUCAAGUUUAUGGUGAAAAUGUUUGUGUAUUCCGUGAUCUGAGAGGAUAUGGUGGUCGUAUGAACUCUACAGCACAUCCUAGAAGAGGCAAAGAACUUUUACCUAGGAGUCCAGUUCAUCCUGAAUGUAGAGCUGCUAGUGGAUACUGUUUUAUAGCAGGUGAUGGAAGAGCAUCAGAACAGCCAGGUUUAACAGUGAUCCACACAAUAUUCUUAAGAGAGCACAAUCGCAUAGCAGAAGGUCUUCGUCAAGUAAAUCCACAUUGGAGUGAAGAUUUGAUCUUCGAACAUGCCAGAAGAAUUUUGAUUGCUCAAAACCAACAUAUCACAUAUAAUGAAUUGUUGCCUAGAUUGUUGAGUUGGAACGCUGUUAAUUUGUAUGGACUUAAACUAUUACCUCAAGGUUAUUAUAAAGAAUACAAUCCAUCUUGCAAUCCAACAAUCCUGACAGAGUUUGCCUCAGCCGCUUUCCGAAUUGGCCAUUCCUUAUUAAGACCUCAUUUGCCUAGAUUGAGCCCAACACAUCAACCUGUCGACCCACCAAUAUUGCUCAGGGAUGGUUUCUUCAAAACAGACAUGCUGAUGCAGCCCUUCAUGAUUGACGAAAUGGCCAGAGGUUUAGUGGCAACUCCCAUGGAAGCCUUAGAUCAAUUCAUCACUGGAGAAGUCACAAAUCAUUUGUUUGAAGAUCGUAAAAUACCAUUUUCUGGAGUGGAUUUAGUAGCUUUGAAUUUGCAAAGAGGACGUGACCACGGAAUUCCAUCUUACAACAACUACAGAGCACUUUGCAAUUUAAAGAAAGCCAGAACUUUUGAAGAUUUGACCAGGGAGAUCCCACCAGAAGUUAUCACGAGAUUGAAGAGAAUCUACGCCACAGUCGAUGACAUCGAUCUAUUCCCUGGUGGAAUGUCAGAAAGACCAUUGCAAGGAGGUCUUGUAGGACCUACAUUUGCCUGCAUCAUCGCCAUACAAUUUAGACAGUUGAGAAAAUGCGACAGAUUUUGGUACGAAAACGAAGAUCCAGUUGUAAGAUUUAGUGAAGCUCAAUUGGCAGAAAUUAGGAAAACGACAUUAUCAAAGAUUCUUUGUGAGAACAUGGAUGUUCCUGGCGAUAUGCAAAGGGCUGCUUUUGAUUUACCCAGCAACUUCUUAAACCCUCGUGUACCAUGCAAUUCAAUGCAACAAAUCAACUUGGCAUUUUGGCGAGACAACGUUGGCCACAGCUGCCAAAUUGCUGGAAGAACAAUUGGUUUGGGAGAAUCAGCAUUCCCGUCGCCUUGUACAUCAUGUGUUUGUUCCAACGAAGGGGCUCAAUGUGCUUCCCUCCGAAUCACCGACUGCGCCCAAUUGGCGAGAGAAUGGAGCCGCGAACAAAUCCUGGCCGAUGACGUUUGCAGUGCCCAAUGCGGUUUAGUUUUGGCUUCAACGCCUAGCAGAAAUAACAAUUUCCAACCAGGAAGGAGUCAGAAUAAUUUGAGACAGGUGCAGAUACCUGGACUGGUUCCACCAGCUCCAAGACAUCCGAGAAACCAGAGACAAUUCGCACCGAUCAACUUCCAAGGAUUCAAGUUGCCUGAUUUGUCACCAUUUAUAGGAUAA